GGGUGAGUGUGGGUGACUUCCGUGUUGGAUCGAUCGUCAGCGUAUUUUUGUUGUCGAGUGCUCGUUUCGCUAGAAGGUGCAAUUACUGCCAAUUUGCCCUACUGACAAGAACCAAGACGUAUUCAUGACGAGAAUGGAUGAUGAAGAUAUCGUGAUCUCAGGAUAUCUGCGGAAAUCGCCUCCAGAAAACAAAUUUAAAGUCAGCUCGAGACAUAUUUCAUUGCAGCUAAAAUUUUGGCAGAAACGCUACUUUGUUUUGCACAGAAAUCAAAAACUUCAGUAUUAUAAGAGUGACAAAGACAAAAGACCAAUAAAAGAUGCACUUAACUUGGGGAAUUGCAAGUCUGUUGAGUCACAUUUAACAAACUCAAAAUUCAAGUAUGUGUUCAGUAUUGCCAUGGAGACAAGAACAUACUAUCUUGUGGCAGACUCGGAAUUGGAAAUGGUAAACUGGGUGGAUAAAAUCUGCGAUGUUUGUGGAUUUUCAAGGAUAGAUACUAAAAAUCAAGAUGCAAGCUCCCCUCAGAGAACAAACACACAUCAGCCAUCUCCCGUACAUUCACGUCCGAUUGUUGCUGCUAGACCUAGGCCAACAAGUCCUGUUGGAUCUCCUUCUGGCAAUUUAUCACCCUUAUCUCCAACAGGUCCUUGUCCACUUUCCAUUCCCAAACACAUAAUGGAUGAAAGAAACAAAACCAGGUCAAUAAGUGAUCCUCCAGACCCUUCUCCAAUCCCUCAAGUUUACCGCGAUAAACAGAGGAGGCAGUCAGAACAAAUUGGAAGCCUUACAUGUCCCAUGAAUGUUCAUAGUGGACAGCACUCCCCUUCUGGUGUAUCACCAAGGCAUAACAUGGCCACGACUUGGGGUCCAUCUGAAACUUAUGAUGUGGUACCUUCUCCAAGAAGUGUAUCUCAAGAGCCAUAUGACACUUUACCUAGUCCCCAGAGAGUUCCAGAAAUAGAUGAUAAUUAUGAUGAUGUUCCCAUUCCUCGACCAAUCAACUCCUCUGCUCAUCCUUCUUCACCAAGAGUGAAACCAAAUGCUUGCCUUUUGUCUCCUACACAAGAUGGCUAUGAUGCUGUACCUCUUCCACGUCCAGUCUCUCAGGCUAGUAACAGAUCAUCACAGGAUGUGUAUGACAUGGUGCCUCCUCCAAGGCCAACAUCUUCUUGUAGUGAGACACAGGAGGACCAGGGGCUGUAUGAUGUACCUCCUACACUGAAGUCACCUGAGAGAGAAAACUACGAUUUUGUUCCACCUCCCAGGCGAGCAUCUGCUGUAGAUGAGCAAGACGGCCAAAGUUUUUAUGACAUUCCUCCUCUCACCAAGAUGUAUGAACAGGAAAACUAUGAUGUUGUUCCUAUUCCAAAGCCAAUAGGAAAAAAGAAUGCACAUGUUAGCCAGGGUCUCUAUAGAGCACAAGAAAGUGAAAAUUACGACAUUGUUCCUCAACCAAGACCAGUAUCUUCAGGAAGUGACCUGCAAGAUGGCCAAGAAAUCUAUGAUGUUCCACCUUGUGGAAGACUAUCGGAACAGAGUGAUUAUGACACCCCACCACCUGUAUACAGACCCAGACAUUCCCAGCAGGAUGCAUCAAAGGAAAAUUAUGAUGUUGUACCAUUACCGCGCCCUACAUCACAAGAUGUAUAUGAUGUUGUUCCCCCAGCAAGACCAGCUCGUGUUACAAGCUUGCCAAUGGAUAAAAACAAUCAGGACCCCCGUUUUUCAGACAGUUAUUGCCCCCAGACUAAUGAAGAUUCUUCUGAUGUUUACAACUGGGUACCACCUCCAAUACCAUCCCCACAUCAGUCUCAAAAUGAUUAUGACACGUUACCAAAAACUAACCGUCCUGUCAGUGCAGAUUCUGGGCUGAAUGCCUCAUUUUCAAGCAUUAGUUCCUUGAAAUUUGAGAACCAGGAUGAAAAGUAUGAUGCACCUUUACCUCCAGUUCCAAAAGACAGAGACUCUGGGUCUCUAAGUGAUGAGACUCCUGAUUAUGACCUUAAUUCUGAGGAUAUUUAUGACAGGCCACCAAAUUUAGCAUCUAGAGACUCCAAUUAUGAUGUUCCUCCUAGGCAAGAAGCUACCUAUGAUGUGUUACCCACACAUCCAACUGAGUUGUAUGAUGUCCCUCCAACAUACACUGAUGAUAUUUACGAUGUGCCUCCGCCAGCAAUCCCCAAUCAAGGUGGAAACACAGCAGCACCAAUGGUUGAUCGCACGCUUAAAAGACCACCACAAGUCAACAGAGCUAUUAAGCCAAAGACUCAGGCAUCACAAGACCACAGUUACUGUAACAUGGCACCACCUGUUGAUAGACAAAGCAAGUACAAGAGAAACGCUAUGCCUAAGCCAGAGCAUAGUUACAUAAACUAUCAAUCGCAACCACGUCCUCAGAAUCUGCCCCUUGUGAGGAUUUUAAAUAACAACCCAUUGGUUGGGUCCUUGCCGAGCCAGCGGAACAUGCGGCAAUCUGGGGGUGCAGUUGACGAUUUAGAAUAUUGUGAAAUGACGCCCACAAGAUCACAGUGGACAAGAUGCUAUAGUCUUGAUAAAGAUGGAUCAUCCAAGCCACAUGGUAAUGAUCAAUUUUAUGAGGACAUGUCAGCAAUGCAGAGCAGGAGGCUCUCUGGUGCAAAGAGCAGCUCCUCCUCAUCAUCCUCUCUGGCUGAGAAUGAUGAUGUUUACACCACCAUGACUCCUGGCCAUGCCUCUUCACCAAUGCCAAUGGAACAGAGGAAAAGAAAAGAUCUUCUGUAUGCAGAGGUAGAGAUUGUGGACAGUCCUCAGCACAAGCCUCAGGCUGCUGCGGUAAUCAAGAAAUCUAAUAACACCCACUAUACCUACAUAAAUGAGGAAUCUACCAGAGCUCUUCUGCAAACCUCUAAUGCGCGAAGAGGGAAUCGCUGAGUGGGUGAAUACAACUGAUCAAAAAACAAACAUUGCACUAUUUAACAAUAAAUGAUUUCUCCCUUUUUUGGAUAAUGAAGGGGUUCUGUUAUGACAUAGAGAAAAAAAGAGAGAAAAAAUUAAAGAAAAUCAUAUUGAGGAUUAUGCAGCUUGUCAUUUUGGUUUGUUUCAAACACUCACAAAUAUUUUUUUUAGAGAAAUAUGGCAUGAUGUUAGUUCAUCUAUUUAAAGUUGAAAUUGUAUGAAUGCAAUAAACUCUUUUUUUUUUUAAGAAGACUCAAAUGUACAGUAUGCAAGGUGUAGUGAUUCCAGUGAUAUCAUGAUAAAUCAUGAUUCCUAACAAAGUAACUAGUAGAGGUGUUUUUUUAUUUUCAGCCUUAUAUUUGAUUUUGAAUACAGAAUUUAAAAAUUUUAUUUGUCAGUGACAAUUUACUUACCUGCACAAUGUAUAUAUCAUUUUGUACAGGUAAAUUGUUUAAUCAACAAAUGUAUAGUAGAUGGUAUCAAUAUGACAAAUUAAUUUACUUAGACAUCUAAGUAUACAAAUAUUUUCCUCUUUUAUCAAUAAAUUUAUAAUGCACAAAGAAGGAGUGAAUUUGGAACUUGAUAAUUGUGAUUCUUUGCAAAUAAACAUAAUAAAACUUAAAAAACAUUUUUAAAGUGAAAUUGCAUUGCCACCCUCUGAUUUUAAUUUUUUUUUGUAGAGUACUGUCCGUGCAUGAUAUUUUUACAUAGUUGUAAAGCAUGAUGCAAUUUAAAGUAGAGUGAUUUUGAAAGUAAUAGAACUUAAAAUGUUCUGUUUCACUCUUGAACUGCAUCACAAGAAUACUGCAAUGUUGUGGUACAUUGCAAAGGUGUUUAACUGGGAACAGUUGUAAUUUUUCUAAUCUAGAAAUUAGAGAAUAGUUGACAACUGACAAGGCCAAAGGCUCAAGUAAACUGUAAAUUUUUUAAAUUUAGUUUCUCUGGGUCAGCUUAAAGAUGCCAAGUACUGCAGUUACUAAGAAUGCAUGUGAGCAUUGAAGUAUUUAGUCAGAAUGUGGGCAUUUGUUUCAUGACCUUUGUUACGAUAAUUUUUUGCGAUAAUUGAUGCAUACAAUAGUUGCUGUAAACGUAUACUGCAUCAUUUUUAAUUAGUUCUGUUUUGUAGAGAAGUAACACGUAAAUUAAUCAUUACUGGUGCUGAUGGUGGAAUAGGAGUCACUUUUUAAAAAUGUUACCUAGCAGUGAUUAAAUCUCCUUACUUUUCGAAGCUUAGCGUGCUGAAAUUGGUUAUGGUACUGUUCUUAUUAAAUUUAGUAACUAGAUAAAUAACUAAGCGUAUCUUAAAUUUAUAGAUGAAAACCUAAUUGUUAUUGAGUAUCUGCUAAAUGGUUUUGUACAUUUUUGUUGAAUUUCCUUAUAGUGUGGUUAAUAGAAAUACCAAUUUUUAAGCUUACAGUUAUUGGUGAUCAUGGUAGGCUGCAAUAAUUUGGUAGCUACUUAAGUCUUUUGACGAUGGCCACAACUUCAAAUAAAAGGGGAAAUGUCUGUUAUAUGCUAGAGUUUUUAAACAAAAUUUGGAAGUGUCCAUCAUGAAGUUUGAAUAAUAAAUGUAUUAUUAUAUAGUCAUCAUAAUAUUAUAUAUUUUUAUGUGAGCAAAAUUAAAUGACUAUUUACCUAACUGGUUCCCUUUGAAAUGGUCUUUUUAGUUAAUGUUUUUGUACAAAGUUUUGUAAAUUUAUUUUUUAUAGUAAAAGUUUGUGUUAGAGAGCUGCUGUGAUGUUGAUGAAACAUAAUAAAG